GCAUCCACCCCCUCUGUCCUGCCCGCAGACGUGGCUGUGGUGGAGCUGAGUGACUCUGUCUGCCAACCCUCCCUCUUCUACCACCUGGGGGUCCGCGAGAGCUUCAACAUGUCCCACAACGUCCUGCUGUGCUGCCAGACCGACCUGCCCCCCCUCCAGGCCCUGCAGGAGGACAUCUGCCAGAAGAACUCGGACCUCUGCGGCAGCUACACCUUCAUCCCCUACAUGGUGACACCCCACAACAAGGUCGUCUGCUGCAACGCCGGGGCCGUCAAGUGCCUGACGGAGCUUUUCCAGCCCAAUUUCGAGACGGAGACCUCCUUCACCCCCCUGGCAGCCCGCCUCGUCCAGCUGCUGGAGGGCAUCCCCACUGACUCCUGUGGGUAUUUUCGGGAGACGAUCCGGCGGGAUAUCCGGAGGGCACGGGAGAUGUUCCGAGGGGAGCAGCUGAGCCGGGAGCUGACCCGUAUCCAGCAGCGCCUGGACAGCGUGGAGCUGCUCAGCCUGGACAUCGUGGUCAACCUUCUCCUCUCCUACCGCGAUGUGCAGGAUUACGAUGCCAUCAUCUCGCUGGUGGAGACCCUCCAGGCGCUGCCAACCUGCUCCGUGGCCGAGCAGCCCAACGUCCGCUUCCACUACGCCUUUGCCCUCAGCCGGCGUAACCGUGACGGGGACAGGGAGAAAGCCCUGUGGGUGCUGCUGCCCGUGGUGGAGAGCGAGGAGGGGGCUGCCCCCGACCUCCUCUGCUUGUGCGGCCGCGUCUACAAGGACAUGUUCAUCGACUCCAGCUUCACCGACGCUGAGAUGAGGGACCGGGCUUUCUACUGGUACAGCAAAGCCUUCGAGGUGGAGCCGAGCCUCCACGCGGGCAUCAACGCCGCCGUCCUCCUCAUGGCCGCCGGGCACCAGCUCGAAACCUCCCUGCAGCUGCAGCAAAUCGGGGUGAAGCUGAGCUGCCUGCAGGGUCGCAAGGGCAGCCUGGAGGAGCUGCACUACUACUGGGAUGUGGGAUUUUGCCUGGGAGCGGGCAUCUUGGCCAACGACCUCAGCAAAGUCAUCCAAGCCUCUGAGAAGCUCUACAAGCUCAACGCGCCAGGCUGGUACCUGGUAUCGGUCAUGGAGACCUUCCUGCUCUACAAACACUUUCAGAGGAGCCCGCAGGUGCCCUCUGCCCGGCAGGAGCUGGCUGAUUUCUGGUUGGGCUUCCUCCUCCAGGCGUGCCAGCCCUUCGUUGCCACACCACACUGCCCGGUCCUGGUCCUGGAGCUCAACAAGGUCCUGCGGCCGGCUCGGUUGGCACUGCACGGUGGCACGGAGGAUGCCACCCUGACACUCACCCUCGUCUGCCCCACGGAGGAGAAGGUGACAUCAAGCUGGACCUUUGCAGCCACAGCCAUCCGGGGUGUGAGGUUGUCCUCUCCCUCCAGCAUCUGCAAGCGUGAUGAACGGGGCUGCUUCCUCUACGUGGUGCAUGAGGAGGAGGAUUUCCAGCUCUACUUCCCCUCCCAGCAGCACUGCCAGUGGUUCUGUGACCAGAUCCAGUCCCUCCUGGCCGAGCAGGGGUUGGGUGGCGAGGAGGUGCCCAGCCCCACGCAGCCCAUCCUGGAGUACAGCUACGAGUACUCGGAGGCGGGCAAGAGGGUGGUCCUGGGCAGGGGGACAUUUGGGGUCGUCUACGCCGGGCGCUGCCUCAACAACCAAGUGCGCAUCGCUAUCAAGGAGAUCCCGGAGCGGGACAGCCGGUUCUCGCAGCCCUUGCACGAGGAGAUCGCCUUGCACAAGCGCCUGCGGCACAGGAACAUCGUGCAGUACCUGGGCUCCGUCAGCCAGGAUGGCUUCAUCAAGAUCUUCAUGGAGGAGGUGCCGGGAGGGGUGAAGCUGAGCUGCCUGCAGGGUCGCAAGGGCAGCCUGGAGGAGCUGCACUACUACUGGGAUGUGGGAUUUUGCCUGGGAGCGGGCAUCUUGGCCAACGACCUCAGCAAAGUCAUCCAAGCCUCUGAGAAGCUCUACAAGCUCAACGCGCCAGGCUGGUACCUGGUAUCGGUCAUGGAGACCUUCCUGCUCUACAAACACUUUCAGAGGAGCCCGCAGGUGCCCUCUGCCCGGCAGGAGCUGGCUGAUUUCUGGUUGGGCUUCCUCCUCCAGGCGUGCCAGCCCUUCGUUGCCACACCACACUGCCCGGUCCUGGUCCUGGAGCUCAACAAGGUCCUGCGGCCGGCUCGGUUGGCACUGCACGGUGGCACGGAGGAUGCCACCCUGACACUCACCCUCGUCUGCCCCACGGAGGAGUUGUCCUCUCCCUCCAGCAUCUGCAAGCGUGAUGAACGGGGCUGCUUCCUCUACGUGGUGCAUGAGGAGGAGGAUUUCCAGCUCUACUUCCCCUCCCAGCAGCACUGCCAGUGGUUCUGUGACCAGAUCCAGUCCCUCCUGGCCGAGCAGGGGUUGGGUGGCGAGGAGGUGCCCAGCCCCACGCAGCCCAUCCUGGAGUACAGCUACGAGUACUCGGAGGCGGGCAAGAGGGUGGUCCUGGGCAGGGGGACAUUUGGGGUCGUCUACGCCGGGCGCUGCCUCAACAACCAAGUGCGCAUCGCUAUCAAGGAGAUCCCGGAGCGGGACAGCCGAUUCUCGCAGCCCUUGCACGAGGAGAUCGCCUUGCACAAGCGCCUGCGGCACAGGAACAUCGUGCAGUACCUGGGCUCCGUCAGCCAGGAUGGCUUCAUCAAGAUCUUCAUGGAGGAGGUGCCGGGAGGGAGCCUCUCAUCCCUUCUGCGCUCCAAGUGGGGACCCCUGAAGGACAACGAACCCACCAUCAUCUUCUACACCCGCCAGAUCCUCGACGGGCUCAGCUACCUCCACGACAACCACAUCGUGCACCGUGACAUCAAGGGAGACAACGUCCUCAUCAACACCUACAGUGGGGUGUUGAAGAUCUCUGACUUCGGUACCUCCAAGAGGCUGGCGGGCAUCAGCCCCAGCGCUGAGACCUUCACAGGCACCCUGCAGUACAUGGCCCCAGAAAUCAUCGACCAAGGGCCGUGGGGCUACGGGAAGCCAGCAGAUAUCUGGUCCCUGGGCUGCACCAUCAUCGAGAUGGCCACGGGCAAACCCCCCUUCUACGAGCUGGGCAACCCCCAGGCUGCCAUGUUCAAGGUGGGCAUGUUCAAGAUGCACCCGGAGGUGCCCGAAUCCAUGUCGGACAAAGCCAAGAGCUUCAUCCUACGCUGCUUCCAGGCCGACCCUGCCGAGAGGGCCACGGCCACCGCGCUGCUGCAGGACCCCUUCCUCACCGAUGCCAGGAGGGCUCGGAGCAGACCCCUGCCCCCGGCGGGGGGUGAUGCCCCCGACUUUGGGCAGCGGGAUGGGGAUGUGGAGGGCAGCGAUGGGAGCAAGGGAUGUUCCUCAGCCAGGCAGGAUGCCCCGGUGAGGGGCACGGCGGGCAGCCCCCCGUGCCACCACCCCAGAGAGGCAGCCUCCAGUUGCAGCUACUUGGGCACUGCCCAGGGCUCGGGUGGCUCCGACCGAAGCCCCCGCUCGUCCUCCCCCGAGGAGAGCAGGGACGGGUUCCUCCUGCGGAAGGACAGCAAGCGCCGGGCCACCCUGCACCGGGUCCUCACCACCGAGGCACCCACCAUCAUCGCUGCCCUAGAGGAGAGCCAGGGCACGGCGGGGCCGAGGUUGGGCUGGGAGCAUCUCGCUCAGCUGUUGAGCUGCCUGAGGAGCUACAUCCAGUGCCCCAGCCAGCAGAGGCUGUGCCAGGACCUCCUGGCACUGCAGAGCCGGCUGCGGGCAGAGGGGCUGAGCCUCCCCCACCUCCAGGCUCCUCUCUUCGCCUUCCAGGCAGCGGUGAGGCGGGUUCUGCGCCAGCACCACAUCAAACCCCACUGGAUGUUUGCCCUGGAUGACACCACCAGCCAGGCGGUGCAGGCAGCUCUCACCGUGCUGCAGAGAGACCUGGGACUGAAGGUCAGCUGCCUGCGGGGGGAUGGCACCAAGGAUGCAAGCGACGAGGAUGACCCCGUGCCACCGAGGCUGUCCAUCCCGAGGAGCCAACCCCAGCAGGACAGCACCAAUUCGGGGCUCAGCACCAAUUUGGGGCUCAGCACCAGCCCCGGUGCCCAGGUGGACCCCCUCCCCUCCUUGCCAGCACCCUCGGGGCUGGUGGCACAGCUCUGCCACCUCCGCAUGGAGACAGGCAGGCUGCUCCAGGAGCUGGCAGAGAAGGAGCAGGAGUGGCAGAGGCUGAUGCAGCGGAUGCUCCUCUCUGGGGACAAUGACACCCCCGUCCCCAGCCGCCCCCAGAGCAGUGGGGAGCCCCCCCCGGGGCAGGAUCGCUCCCCCCUGAGUCCCCAGCCCCUCCAGGGACACACUGACCCCCUCCUCCUCCAGUGGCUGCAGCACCAUGGCACGGACCAGGCCACCAUGGCCACGCUCCUCGCCCACGGCUUCACCCUGCGGGACCUGCUGGGCUGUGCCACCCGUGAUGACCUCUUCUACGUGGGCAUCAGGCGUGGGCCAGCGUGUCGCCUCUGGGCAACCAUCCUGGAGCAUCGCUGGUCCCUCACCCAGGGGGCAGGGAGUGAGCCCCGGUGCUGUGACACCCCCCUGGGGGGACCCAGUGACACCCCCCUGGGGGGACCCAGCCGCUGUGGGGCUGGCAGGAUGGUGACAGAGGGGACAGCCCCCCAAGGGGAACAGCCAGACGCAGCGUCUCCAGCCCCACGAUGGAGGGAGAAGUUGGGGGACACCCAGCAAUAAAGAGCCACCAACUGUGCCCUCCGGUGUCACUUCAUUGCUGCUGAAAGGGGCAGAGGGGGGA